AUUAGUCUUCGGGUCGCGGGUAUCGGUUAAAAAAAUCUGGAUUCGUGAUUUUCUGUUACAAGCCGCUACAUAUGUGUUUCUCUGCAAUUUACUUUUUUCUUAAAUGUGCAGAAAAAAUAGAAAGGGUUCUCGUUGGAUUAUGUUUGAUAAUGAAACUCAAAAUGGACAAUUUGGGAAAAUUUGAGAAAUUUCAAACAGUAAUAGUAGUAGUAUGUUACUUGAUCGGGAAGGUCCAAUUCAAAAAAUUCCAAAGCUUCUGCUUUGCUUCGAUGUUAAACUUGUUUUUUCCACACCGCACCCUCUCGCCCUCUGCCGUCUGUGUAUGUCUAAAUUCUAUCUCCGCCCUGCUUGAGCUGGAAAUUGACGUCGAUUGUACGCUAACACAAAGAAAAACCGUCGGCUGCUCUGUAGUCUUCUGUAUCAAAGCCGAUAAUAUAAUCGGUUGAUUAGCUUUGUCAUGCACAUGUACAAGUGUCGCUUUUCAUGCGAAGGUAAAGUAUAGUUCGACGGUUACCAUCAUCCACCAUCCAUCUUUCUUUCCUACCCUCUUCUCCCCCUUCCCUACCUCACUCUAUCCCUCCUCCCGCCUCGCCACUCCGACCCCCAACCGACACUCCCCGGAUUCCCCUCCGCCGCCAUGGACCGGGAACCCUCCGUCUCCGACGAGGACGACGACCUCGAGACCCUCGUCCCCCAGAACCACACCAAGCCGCCCUCUCCGACCUCCCGCUCCCGCUCCUCCUUCAGCGUCUCCGCCCUCCGCCCCGCGCUCCCUUCCUCCGCCGCGUCCCUCGGCCACGCCCUCUGGUCCCGACGGUACCUCCUCCUCUUCGUCUCCCUCCCAGUACUCUUCAUCGUCCUCUUCUUCUCCCUCGGCGGCGCUUCCUCCCUCCCCGCCUCCAUCCGGCUCCCCUCCGCCGACCCCGCCGCCGACCCCGCCGCCUCCCGCAUGCGCGAGGCCGAGCUCCACGCCCUCUACCUCCUCCGCUCCCAGCGCUCCGGCCUCCUCAGCCUCUUCAACCGCACUGCCUCCCCCGCGCCCGCCAACGCCUCCACCCCUAUCUCGCUUUCUGAUCUCCAGGCGGCGCUGCUUAGCCAGAUCAAGAUCAACCGCGAGAUCCAGGCGGCGCUCCUCUCCACCCACCACUCUGGGGCAGGCAACGCGACGGAGGAGGAUCCCUUGGAUCUUGAUCUGCCUGGCCCGGGGUGCAGGAGGAAGGAAUUGCCGUACAACCGGCGGACCAUACAGUGGAACCCCAAGAAAGAUCGCUUCCUUUUCGCCAUCUGUGUCUCUGGCCAAAUGUCGAACCACUUGAUUUGCUUGGAGAAGCACAUAUUCUUCGCCGCACUUCUUGGCCGGAUCCUGGUGCUGCCAAGCAGCAUUGACAAGGUAGAUUAUCAGUAUGACCGGGUGCUUGAUAUCAGCAACAUUAAUGAUUGUAUUGGGAGGAAGGUUGUGAUCACUUACAGGGAAUUUUUAGAGAAGAGGAAGAAAGUGAGCAUUGAUCAGUUCAUAUGUUACGCGGCAUCACCCCCGUGUUUCAUGGAUGAGGAUUAUGUCAAGAAGUUGAAGGGGUUGGGGAUUUCAAUGGGAAAAAUCGAGGCUGCUUGGCCAGAGGAUGCAAAGCUGAAAGAGCCAAAGAAAAGAUUUGUUGGGGAUAUCACCCCAAAGUUUACGACGGAGGCUGAGGUUCUUGCAAUCGGUGAUAUGUUCUAUGCUGAUGCUGAGGAAGAGUGGUUAAUGCAGCCUGGCGGUCCAUUGGCUCACAAAUGCAAGACCUUGAUCCAGCCAAGCAGGCUCAUAAUGCUCACUGCACAGCGUUUUGUCCAGACUUUCUUGGGUGGAAACUACAUUGCUUUGCAUUUCCGGCGACAUGGCUUUCUGAAGUUCUGUAAUGUGAAGAAAGAGAGCUGUUUCUUCCCCAUACCUCAGGCGGCAGAAUGCAUUUUGCGAAUAGUUGAGAAAGCUAAUGCCCCAGUGAUAUAUCUUUCAACUGAUGCUCUUGAGAGUGAGACUAAUCUUCUGCAGUCCUUGGUUGUGUUCAAUGACCGGCAAGUACCUCUUGUGAAAAGACCAGUGCAUCAGAACUCUGAGAAAUGGGAUGCCUUGUUAUACAGAAAUCACAUGGGUGGAGAUGCUCAGGUGGAGGCCAUGCUCGACAAGACAAUCUGCGCGUUGUCAAACGUUUUCAUAGGAUCGUCAGGUUCCACUUUCACGGAGGACAUCUUCAGGCUACGGAGGAGCUGGGGAUCGAUGUCGUACUGCGACGAGUACCUUUGCCAGGGUCAGCUACCCAACUACAUAGCCGAACAAGACUGAGAAAGUAAUAUCUUAGAGUAGCCCAACAUUUCAUUUUUCUCAAACGUGGUGGUGAAAUACAUCCUGUAAAUUGGCGUGUACAUCUAGUGUAGAAGAGUCGGUGAUGUCUGUAUCAGGGUUCUCCAUUGAUUUGUUCUGGGGCUAUUCUUACACGGUUAGGUAAAUACAAAGAGGCGUCUGUGUUGUACCAUUGUGCAGUGUUUACUAACCAUUGAUUGAUAUUGGUGUGGCGAGUGCGCUCAUCAUCUGUAUUGUGAACUGGAUCUUUUCCCUUGUGCUGUCUGUCUCACUCUGUUUCCGUGAAACACGCAGCAUCAUAGCAGCA